AAGUUUAAAAUGCAACAUAUCAAAUGUGUUGUAGUCGGUGACGGAGAUGUUGGGAAAACGUGUUUAUUGAUGUGCUAUUCAACUAAUACUUUCAAUGACGAUUAUCUUCCAACAAUAUUUGAUAAUUAUAAAACAACCGUAAAGGUGAAUGACAUUUACGUAGAGUUAGGAUUAUGGGAUACAGCAGGUCAAGAGGAUUUCGAUCGAUUCCGCCCAUUAUCAUAUCCACAAACGGAUGUAGUUCUUGUAUGUUUUUCACUUGUUCAUCGGACAAGUUUUGAAAAUGUUACUGACAGAUGGAUUCCUGAAAUCCGUCACCACUGUCCAGAAAUACCAGUCAUUUUAGUGGGCACAAAACUUGACAUUCGACAAGACGGAGAACCACAAAAAUCAAAACAUAUUUACAAAAAUAAUAACACUGUAUCAUUCAGUGAAGGACAAUCUUUAGCCAAUAAAGUCGAUGCCGUAAAAUAUUUAGAAUGUUCAGCCAAAACUCAGGAAGGGCUGCAUUUGGUGUUUGAAGUGGCUAUAAAGGCUGUGUUAUUUCCAUCUCAGCACAAACAAAAACGCAGACCGUGUAUUUUGUUGUGAAAUUGUUCAGCACGAUACAAU